AUGCCAGCCUGUAGCAUGCUGGCUCGUAGUUCACCGACCCUCGCUAAAGCGAGAAUUGCAACGUUCAAUGUACGCGGCCUAACUUCAAAUGUCAAGAAACAACAGCUAGCGAAAGACCUAUUGUCCUACAGAGUGGACGUCUGCGGCCUCCAGGAGCUAAAAAUUGCUGAGCCGUUUGACAGGUCUAUCGACGACGGAUACAGGCUUGUGGGCUUUGGCCAGGACGCGGGUCACCACGGAGGAAUUGGAUUCGCCGUGUCGAAAUAUUUCAACGAAUUCCUGAGAAAACAUAAAAAGCUGUCGGACCGAGUCGGCUACGCUGACUUCUCGCUGCCCGCAAAGAGCUCCUCAGAGACCUCUGUCGAUGUGAGAUUCGUUGUGGCGUAUGGACCCACAGCCCCGUCGGCAGACAAGACCCCAUCGCUGAGAGAAGAUUUCUACGACUGCCUCUCUAAAGCAUGGAAUACUCCCAACAGCCGAACUCUGGUGUUUGGUUUGGGCGAUUUUAACAGCAAAGUCGGCACCAGCAAGACGCCCUGCAUUGGUCUAUACGGUAAAGGAGUGCGGAAUAACAACGGCCAGGCGCUAGUUCAGUGGGCAAAUUCGUGGGAAAUUGUCCUUGCCAACACCCUUUUCCGUUAUUCCAUGCGCUACAGGACAACGUGGACUGGCUCAGUCACAAACAGAGAUACUGGUGUAAUCAGCAGAGUAUACAAUAUGAUUGAUUUUAUCGCAGUACCGGCUCGCUGCAGGCCCCUUAUCAAACGUGCUCGCUCGUAUGCAGGGACACUGACAUCAAGCGACCAUAAAAUUGUCAUCGCCGACAUGGAUUUCCAACGAUUGUUCAAAGCUUAUCGCUCAAACCCAAAAACAAAGAGGUCCGUUGGUCCAUUGGCUGUACGGAGGCUUUCGUCGGACGCCACGGUGAGGCAAGACUACAAAGCAAAACUCAAAGAAAGCGUUUCCAUCAGCCAUACCAACCCUUGCUCAGAAGAAACUCAUAAACAUUCUCCAUCUCAGAAAUGGUCCAGCGCAGUAAAUGGCACCCUGAAAGCGGCAGAGAGCAGUGUUGGCCGUAUGCACAGAUCCACAUCCGGGAGGUUAACUCUGCCCAACCAGGAAGUGGCACGCCUAUCGGAGCAGCAGCGGGAGGUUCGGCUUCUUGCAGAGUCGGGUCGCCACUCCUUGGCAGAGCUGAAGAGGCAGCGGAACCAGAUACAGCACAAGAUCCGUUCCAUUCAGCGGGCGGAUGCCAAUGAACGCCUCGACAGACUGGCAGAGAAGGUGGAGCAGGCACCUGACUCAGCACAGAUGUUCCUUGCUGCUUCGGCCAUGAAAAGUGGAUCUCAGCCAUCCAGUAUCAUGAUAAGCAGAAGGCAGAGCGCGUCACAGAGCACUUCAAGGAUCUAUUCUGUAGAGAUCAAUCAGCUGCUAUCCAGAAGCCAGUCCCUCACCGGCUAA